UAGAAACUCAGACAUAAAACAAGGAAGCAGAAGAGGGAAGUGACAGAGGCAAAACAAAGCAAAGCAAAGCAGCAUAAAGGCAAAAUACUUUUUGACCAAAAGUCUUAGGAGAUUAAAACCAAAUCUAUCAAGAAAUAGAAGAGCUAAGACAAAGUGAAGACAUGGACUUCAACUGUCCUGUGUGCCUAGAGGUCUACAAGAACCCUGUGGUGCUGUCGUGCAGCCACAGCUUCUGUAAGGCGUGUCUGCAGAACUGGUGGACACAGAAGGUGACCCGGGAGUGUCCUGUCUGUAAGAGGCGCUCAUCACGGACAGAUCCUCCCUGUAACCUGGUCCUAAAGAACCUGUGUGAGACCUUUUCUCAUCAGCUGCGUGUGGGGCAGCUCCAUAGUCAGCCCCCCUCCCCUGCUCCCCUCUGCCCUCAGCACAAAGAGAAACUGCAGCUCUUCUGUGUGGAUCACAAGCAGCCUGUCUGUCUGGUGUGUCGAGAUUCCAGAGCACACAACAACCACAGAUUCAGCCCCAUUGAUGAAGUAGCACAGGAAUAUAAGGAGCAGCUCCAACACAGUCUGGAGCCUCUACAGGACAGACUAAAGAGGUGCAGCGAUGUGAGACAGCACUGGGGCAAGACCAGUGAAUACAUACAGCAGCAGGGCCAGCGCACAGAGAGGCUGAUCCGGGAGGAGUUUGACAAAAUGAGAAGUUUUCUGCAGAAGGAAGAGCAGGACCGCAUCAGGGCUCUGAGAACUGAGGUGCAACAGAAGAGCAGCCUGAUGGAGCAGAGAGUGGCUGCUUUGACACAAGAGAUGGACGCUCUGUCAAAAAGCAUCAGGCAAACAGAGGAAGAGCUCAAGUCUCAGGAUGUUAUGUUCCUUCAGAAGUACAGCACUACAGUGAGACAAGUGCAGCAGGCACCCUUAAAGAGUGUCCCACAACUGCCCUCUGGAUGUCUGCUGGAUGUGGCUAAACAUCUGGGCAAUCUGGGCUUCAACAUCUGGAAGAAGAUGAAGGAUCUGGUGUCCUAUACUCCAGUGCUCCUGGACCCAAAUACUGCUAACAGACCCUUGGUCGUGUCUGAUGACCUGUGCAGCGUGCACUGCGCUACCACAGAAACAGCUGAUGCUUCAGACCUCCCAUGGGUCCCAGACAAUCCUGAGAGGUUCACUGACUAUGUCACAGUGCUGGCGGCUGAAGGAUUCACGACUGGACUACACAGUUGGGAGGCGGAUGUUCAGGAAGAAGGGCGCUGGGCAGUUGGUGUUAUAGCUGAAUCUGCCCCUCGGAAAGGAGAAAUAACUUCUGGAUACUGGGAAAUUUGGUUCCAAGAUGAUCACUACACAGCAUAUGCUCCACCACACGUAGACAAGGUUCUGCAAUUGAAACACCGCCUUCAGAGGAUCAGGGUGGACCUGGACAUAGCCAGAAAAAAACUCUCUUUCUCAGAUGCUCAAACGCACGCACUCAUUCACACUUUUCUUUUAACUUUCACCGGCAAGGUGUUUCCUUUUAUUAACACAGCAUAUGUAAACAAAGUUAAAAUAUGUUCAUCAAAUUUCACUUUACAAUUGCUUUAAGGCAAGGCAAGUUUAUUUGUAAAGCAUAAUUCAUACACAAAGCGAUUGAAAGUGCUUUACAGAAUAAGAAUGACAUUAAAAUCACAAUACAAACAAUCAAUCAAAACAUAAAUGAUCAUCAUAAAAUUUACAUUAAAAGAGAAGAGUGUGGAAUAAAAACCUUUCAGUCAUAUGCACAGCUUAACAGAACUGUUUUGAGUCUGGAUUUAAACAGCAUCAAAGUAGAGGCCUGUCUCACAUGUUCAGAAAGACUGAUCCAGGUUUUAGCUGCAUAAAACUGAAACACUGUCUCGCCAUGUUUAGUCCUGACUCUGGGCACCAGCAGGAGGUCCAUAUUGUAUUUUAUCAAUAGAAAUCUUUCUUUGUACAAUAAUUUUGAAUCAGAUAUAAUAUUUGAUUGAUUAUUUUGUAAUUUUGUUGAUAAAUAAACAAACUGAAACCACUGAAAUGUA